UUUGGGUUGCUAUGUAAACAUCUCGUAAAGACAUGGCGGCCCCCUGCAAAAUGACCAGAAACUCUAGGUACUAUACGGGCGGAAUAAAGAAGCAGCUUCGCGAUGGUUAUGGACUUUAUGUUUAUGAAAACUCAUUUUUCCGCUAUGAAGGCCAAUGGAAAUCUGGCAAAAAACAUGGUCAUGGGAAGCUUUUAUUUAAAGAUGGAAGUUAUUAUGAAGGGGAGUUUGCGGAUGGUGAGAUUACUGGAAAUGGGUUACGUUACUGGUCAUCAUCUGGAAACAAAUAUUCUGGAGAAUUCCAAACUGGAGAGAUUCAUGGUCAUGGUGUAAUGCAAUACAAAGAUGGUGGAAGAUAUGAAGGAGAGUUUGUAUUUGGAAUAAAAGAAGGACAUGGUUUGCUGAUGGACAAAGAAGGACAAACAUACAGUGGAGCUUUUCACAAUAACAAGAAAUAUGGUGUAGGCCAGAUGAAAUUUAUGAAUGGUGAUCAUUAUGAGGGAGAUUGGAUUUUGGAUCAGAGACAGGGACAUGGAGUUCUUCAAUGCACUGAUGGAUCUAUUUAUGAGGGACAGUGGCGAAACGAUGUGUUCAACGGACAAGGAAUUAUGAUUCAUUGCUCAGGAGUAAUUUAUGAUGGACUGUGGAUCAAUGGUCAUCCUGCUGUUGCUGCCAAGAAGAUGGUUAUUAUAGGGGAAGACAUAAUUAAUUUUAUCCAAGGAUCACGUUCCACUGUUCACGUUCAGAUACAGACUGAAGAAGGGGAAACUGUGAAAAAUGAAAAUGGACGUGUCUUAAAAAUCAGUGCUGGGAUAAAAUACUCCCAGCCCAACAGAAGUCAGACUCUGAGCUUUUUAGAACUAAUAGAGGACUUAGAAGAAAAGCCUUUUCAGAGUCCUUUUGGCUAUGAAUGUAUUAACUAUCCUCUGACACAAACUGCAUCAAGGAGCCAACACCAGAAAGACACUAUCCCUUUUAAUAGCCAGUCUGGAUCUGCACCUUUUGGUGGAUCCCACCUUUUAGAGAACAGCAUAUCAGAACAUGGGUUUGUGGCUUCACAAGAAGCAGGAUUGGCACUUAAUUCUUCUGGUGAAUACCCGGAGAUCUCAGGAACCACAGAUGAAAUGUGUUUUCUACCUUCAAACGUGAGAGUAGAAGCAGGAUGUGCUAUAUUCAGCGAUAUUAUGCUUGGGCCACCAUCUGCCAAAUUCCAUUGCGAUGAGACAGACAAGAAUAAGGGGAAAAAGCCAAACGGCAAAAUAUCUGCUGAAAAAACUGAGAAAAUGACAGUCUCACAAGAAAAGAUUGAAGACAGCAGAUCAGAAACAUCAAUAAAGGAUCGCAAAGUCAAAAAAGACAACCAGUUACAGGACAGCAACAUUGUACGACCAGGGGAAUAUAUCAUCAUUGUUAAAGAUGUGACGAGUCCUCCAUUCUUGGGUUAUACACUCCCACCUGUAUUCAAGCGUGUCAGACUUCUGCAUGAAAAAUCCAAAAGCAAAACCAAUCAAAAAGAAGCCCCUAAAAUUCCUAGCUCUUGAAGAGCCUUUGGGGCAGCAAAUUUACACUUUAUGUUUUAUGUCUUAUUUUUUCUAGAAAUAAAAUUGUUUCACUGCA